AUGUCCCCACAGUUCCCACAGGAAACCCAGUGUCCCCGUGGGUGUCUGUCCCAGAUGUCCCCUUGCCCAGCUUGUCCCCGGGGGGGUCCCCAAGUCCCACAUCUCCUGUGUGUCCCCCAAAAAAACACCAAAGCAAGGGCAAGGACCCCGAGUGCAGCGUCGCUCGCCAUCGACACCAUGUGCGGCCGCUACGGGGCCCGACUCUGCACCACCCAGCGCUGGUUGGACUUCCAAGGGGACAAGAACAACGGGCUGGCCCCCCUGCAGAUCUCCUUCCAGCUGGUGCCCAACGGCACCCGACCCGGGGACUCCAUCCGACCUCUAGACGGCAAAGCUUGGUCGUGUGCCCAGGCCCCCAGUGCCCACCAGCAGCCCUGCUCCUGCCAGGACUGCGCCCAGUCCUGCCCGCCCGUGGUGCCGCCGCCGGACCCGCCGCCCCCGUUCCGACUGGGAAAGGCUGAUGGAGCCCUGGUGCUCUGCGGGCUGCUCUUCGGCCUCCUGGCCAUCAUCUUCCUGGUCUCCUUGGCGGUGAAGAGCUGCUUGGCCAAGGGGAAGGUGGCACAGCCCCCGAGGCCCCCCGGCUGCUCCGCGCACUUGGGCGACGCCGCUCACGGCGCCUUGGCCAAGUUCUUCCGACGCUGGGGGACGUGGGUGGCCCAGCACCCCGUGCCGGUGCUGGUGGUGGCCAUGGUGGUGACGGGGGGUUUAUCAGCCGGGCUGGUCACCCUCCGACUCACCACCGACCCCGUGGAGCUCUGGUCGGCCCCCCAGAGUCGAGCCAGACAAGAAAAGGCCUUUUACGACCAACAUUUCGGGCCGUUCUUCCGCACCAACCAAGUGAUCGUGACGGCGCCGGGAAGGCCCGAGUCCGGCUACGAGUCGGUGCUGUUCGGGGCCAAGAACUUCAGCGGGGUCCUGUCGGAGGAGGUGCUGCGGGUGCUGCUGGGGCUGCAGCAGGAGCUGGAGGGCACCACGGCGUGGGUGGAGGGCAAGGAGGUGACCCUGAAGGACGUUUGCUCAGAGUACACCCAGGCUGAAGCCCUGAUCCUCACCUACUCCCUCAACAACUUCCUCCCCGAGGACCCGCGGCGCCAGUGGGUGCUGGGCUGGGAGCAGCAGUUCCUGAGGGUCAUCCAGGACUUCCAGAGGUCCCACCCCAACCUCUCCAUCGCCUUCAUGGCUGAGCGCUCGCUGGAGGACGAGAUCAACCGAACCACGGCCGAGGACCUGCCCAUCAUGGCCACCAGCUACUUGGUGGUCUUCAUCUACAUUGCUGUGGCACUGGGAGAGUACACGGCCUGGAGCCGCAUCCUGGUGGAGUCCAAGGUGACCCUGGCCCUGGGUGGCAUCGCCGUGGUGCUGGGCUCGGUCUUUGCCUCCAUGGGCUUCCUGGCCCUGCUGGGGUUGCCUUCCUCCCUCAUCAUCCUCGAGGUCGUGCCCUUCCUGGUGCUGGCCGUGGGUGCUGACAACAUCUUCAUCUUCGUCCAGGAGUACCAG